CAAUAUUCAAUGUUAGACUCUCGGGAAGAAAGCAGGGAUCUGGUCAGUGUGGGUCCUGCCAGCGCCACAGUCCCAGGGGCUGAGCUUUGAUGAAGCCGGGGCAUUAUGUACAGCGUAGAAGACCUUCUGAUUUCUCAUGGAUACAAGGUGUCGCGAAGUAUCCCAGCGCCCGGCGAGGAUGAGCGCGAGGGCCACCGGCAAGCGAGGAGCCGCGCCAGAGCUGGCCAGGGCCUGCUGAAUGGGUGUGACCAUGGCCCGGCAGCCCUCCCCCCCCAGAAGCCGUCCCACGGGAAGGGACACGCGAGCACCUCCGAGAACAGCCACCGCGCUCCCAGAGCCCAUGGAGAGCCCCAGGGCGCUUCUCCUCGAGCUUCUGACCUGGGGUUUUAUCAUCAGCCCGUGCUAAGGUGGUCCUCUCAGCCCCAGACUGCUCACAACCACGCCUACUGGAGAAGAAGAGGGCAGGAGGUCAGUGGCCUGCUGGGGCCAAGGGACCGAGACGAUCUGGAGGUCAGAGGCAUGGCCCAAGCACAAGGUCUGCCCAUCCACACAAGGGAGGGUCCAUGGGAAGUUGGAGGAAGGACAGAGAAUGUGAUGAAGAAGGCAGUUUGGGAAGAAGAGCUGAGAAUGGCGGGACCUGCCAAGUGGCAGAAUAUAAGCCUCGAGAGCUGGAACCAGCCAAGGAAAUUAGGGCGGCAGAUGUCUGAUGGUGAUGGGGAGAAAUUAUUUCAAGAUCUGUACCCAUUCAUGCAAGGAGAGCAGGCGUUGAAUUCCCAAAGCAAAGGGAAAUCCCAGUCCCUGCCCAGGGUUCUUCCCCCUGAGAGCCUGAGUUGCAUGGACAUCCCCAUUCCAUUAAAUGAUGGACAUUUUCCAGGUGUUCCUAAAAUGCCAUUUUAUCCCCCAAAUUGUGCACCAAAUCUGGAAUCCACAAGGAACCCUGAGAAGAGCGGCUCCUCGGUCCCUUUACCCCGGCCCAAGUUUGGGCGGCCCCUCAAGCCCCCGUCCUGUGACUCUCACCAGCACUCCAGGGUGGGAGUGGAGGACAGCGACUCUCCGGACAGUCAGCAGGCAGACCUGUGUGUCUCCUACUUGAGCAGAACUCACGAGCCCCGGCUAGAGCUGUGUGUGUCCGACUCCGGUUUAGAGCCUCCGGUGUACGUGCCUCCGCCAUCCUACCGGUCACCACCCCAGCACAUCCCCAACCCCUACGUGGAGGAUGCAGCACCCAGGCCCGAGUGUGGCGGUUCCCGUCAGCAGCAGCAUCCAAUGGAGCUGCCGGGCCCAGGUUGUCAGCUUCCUCCUGGCCCCCCGGGGCCCGGGAACGAGUAUGGCGCGAGCCCACACUCCCCUUGCGGGGUCCCCCUGCAGCCCCGGCCUACCACCGCUUAUGACAGCUCUGUUCUGUAUAUUCCCUUUGAUGACCCACGGAUCCGACAUUUUAAACUAGCCCACCUGCAGGGCUUCUGUCAGGAAGCAACGGCUGAUGGGCAGCCCUACAACCCCAGCCCCGGCGCCACCCCGGCACCUGCGCAUGGACACAGUCAACAUGAUGGCGCCGUCUCGAGCCCGCAGAGUGCAGUGACCCCACCAGGCAGUGUGAGGGGCUCCACCACCACCGAUCCCAGUCCCCAGUGGUCGUGGGGCCCGCGCCCCAGGGAUGCAGAGAACGGCGGCUUCCCUGAGCAACGAGACCAUGGGGCCAUGAGAGGACAGUGGCCUGCCAUGGGGGGCGGUCAGCAGGGACACACAGAAGGCCCAGCCUCCUCCCCCAGCCCGCAGGGCGAGAGUACCUGGGAAACUCGAACCAAGCUCAAGAAGUUUGAAACUGGGAUUCCAACCAAGAAAAGUUCAAAGAAAAAAAUGAACGAGACGAUAUUUUGUUUGGUUUCCAUCCCAGUUAAAUCCGAAUCACAUCUGCCAGAUAUAGAUAGGAACAACAAUGACUUAAAACAGAGCACUGGUAAAAAGAAUGGGCUUGAUAAGAGCCCGGCUUUGCAAGAACAAAGUCUGCUGAGCACGUCUUCCACCGACCUGGAGCUGCAAGCUCUCACAGGAAGCAUGGUUGGGAGAACAGAGUUCCAGAAACAAGAUCUGGGGGAACCAGAAGAAGGCAAACAAACAAAUGACCUCAGAUUCAUUCACCCUACAAAACACAGAGAGCUCGAGUAUUCUGGCUCGUGGCCAGGGCACCAGUACAGAGAUCAGCAAACGCAAACCACCUUCACCGAGGACUCCAAAAGCCCACGGCCCCUCGCUGCUGAGAAGCCAGGAGGGUCCCCAAAAGCCGUACUGACUCCCAGACUUUCAGACCCCCUGGCCUCCGAAGCUCACGCACCCAUGGCGUUAGCUUCCAAUGACCAGAACCAGAGGCCAAAGGCGCCUCCCCUCAAAGGUCAAAUGUCCCUCAGCCCCUCCAGCAACAGUGCUUUCUCAAGGACUACGUCCUGCAUACACCAGGCACCUGCCCCAAAAGCAGGGCCCAGUCAGGCCGGUGCAGAUGGCCAUGGCCGCAGCGCCAGCCCCGUGCCCCGGGGCGAGGUGGUGAAGGGGGAGACCACCGGCCCCUGCAACAGUAAGCAGCUGUUCGGGCAGUUUCUCCUGAAGCCCGUUAGCCGGCGCCCCUGGGACUUGAUCAGCCAGCUAGAAAGUUUUAACAAGGAGAUUCAGGAGGAGGAAGAAAGCGGUCAGAGUGGCAGUGACAGUCGCAGUGAGGACAGUGACACAGAGUGGCUGUGCGAAGGCAAGAACUGGGGCUUCGGUGAAGCCAGCCGGGCCUGGAGAGCUGAGGAACCCCGAAGGAGGCCAGCGCCGGAGGAGCCUGGGGCCCGGCCGGGAAGAGUGAAGAGCAAGUCUGAGAGCUGGAGCGAGGAGCAGAAGCCUGGGCGGCCCUGCGCCCCGCCUCAGUCCCCGGGCCCCGCGACGGUGGGGCCGGGCGGCGGCAGGGGUGCAGCCUCGCUGUGGGCACACGGAAGCCCGGUCGCAGAGGAGGGGCACCAGGAGGUGGAGCACAGAAUGAACAAGCUAGCCAUCAGCCCAGGUCCGCCGCACAGAGUGACGUCUUCUAGGUCAAGUGACACAAAACCAGCGCCCUCGUCCGAUCCAGCUGAACUGAGGCAGCCCCAGGGAAGUCAGGAGCUGCCCGGUGUUUCCAUUUCUGGGGAGCUGAGCACAGCACCCCCUUGGCGGGCUGGGGCUGGAGGGGAGAGGAGCCCGCUGCUCCCACUCUCUCUUGCCAGCAAACCCCGAGGACUUUCCGCACCGGACUUGAGGUCUGUGGGGCUGCCGCCCGCACAGAAGCCGAGUACUGAUAAGUUAGAUGGGUCUUUAGGGGAAGCAAGUGCAAUAGAGAUCCCCCCGAAUGAGUCCCUUCAAGCGAGGGCUGCGAGGAUCCUGGGUAUUGAGGUGGCCGUGGAGUCCCUGCUGCCGGGUGCCAGGAGAACGGGACAGAACCAGCACCCCGGGACUGAUGGAAGUGCCCGCGGGCCAGAGGCCCCCAGGGAGGAGUCUGUGUCCAGCUCAGCCGAGCCGGAUGACCCCCCCGUGUCCACAGACGCCUUUUAUGGCAGGAGAAAGUGCGGCUGGACCGAAAGCCCUCUCUUUGUUGGGGAGAGGGACAGUGCCCGUCGGGCUCCCCUGGCUGCUGAGCACUCAAGUGUGGACAGCACUGUCCCCAGCAAGGCCCCGAGCCCCGAGCCUCAGCCCAGCCCCCAGGAGUCCCAGGCCUUCAAUCACAAGGACCUGGGGACAAAACCACCCUUCAGGUCCACUCUGUUCCAUUUUAUAGAGAGGACCCCAAGUGUGUCAGGCUCAGAAAAGAGGCUCAGAAGCACUUCCAAAGUGAUCGAAAGUUUACAAGAGAAACUGGCCUCCCCCCCGAGGAGAGCAGACCCUGACCGCUUGAUGAGGAUGAAAGAGGUGAGUUCUGUGUCUCGGAUGAGGCUCCUGAGCUCCCGGAGCACUGACUCCAUGGAGGAGGCUGAGGAACUGAAGGCCGAGAGGGGCCCCGGGGUGCUGCCUGGAGGCCCGGUGUCUCUGAAUGCUGGGGAGCUGUUGCGGAAGGCCGGGCACCCGCCCUCUGUCUCCAGGGGCGCCCCCUCGCUGGAAGAAGAUGGCCAUCCGUCGGCACAGAGGGACAAGAAGAACGUCCAGCAGGAUUUCUGGUGCCCAGAUUCCUAUGACCCUAGCAGAGUGGAGAGGGUGUGAGGAGAUGCCAGUGAAGCCCGAGAUCUCUAGAGUUUACUCACCAGGGGUCGUCUUGUCUGGCCUGCCCUCCCGGCUCUCCCGCGUGUAGGCCGGAGCCUGCUGGCUUGUAGAUCCCGUCACAGCCUCUCCCACUGCCACCAAGGAACUCCUCGUCCCUACAGAAUCACUUUGUGGAAAUAAAGCAGUAGUCCAUUGAAACCAUCUGUUUUCAUAAUAUGAAGAGUUAAUACCUCUAUUUAGAAAGGAGUCACAUAAACUCUCCGUAAUGAUGGAUUUAGCCAAGCUGGUAAAUAGUUUGGUGUUAAUCUGGUUCUAUGUGAAAAUUCGAACGUGAAUGAUUUUGAAAGGACUGCAAAUGUCAUAAAUUCCCCUCUGCAUCUCCACAGCCUGUGGUCCAUGCUCGUGUUAAGGAGUUUGGGACUUGGGCCAACUGCCCGGUGUUCCAGCACUUUGAGUUUAGGGGAAAUGGGAUGAAUAUAUAUGACCCGUUUCUAAUCAAUUUGGCCUUCUGCUGCUGCAAGUAACUCUAUUUAUAAGUAACUUGCCAUCAGAGAAUAAAAGCAAUAUCUUUUUAAGUUCCUAAAAGAUUAAAACUUGUACCAUAAUGUACUCAGAGUAUUAUUUAUCUGGCGAUGAAAUACUUUGAUCAUUCGCAAACACGCCAUUGUCUGCUUUGCCCUCAGUAUUAUCUAUUUUUGUGUUCUGUAUGGAUGUUUAGAAAUUCUUUAUAUGAAAAAUAAUUGCUGGUUUAAAAUAGACCAUUUUAACAAAGUAACUAUAUUUCUUUUUACAAAAAAUGCUAUUUUUCUAUGAUGUAAACAAUUGUGAGGUGGCAGAUUUUUAAGGAAGUAUUAUUUUAUUUAAGAGUCUGUAUCCCUUUGUGUGAGAGGAACCCAGAAAGGGUUCACGUUUGUUUUAAAGCACACAUCCCUUACCCCUUCACAACUCAGCUCCUUUUCUUUUAUCUUAGAAAGACAUGUCCAUAUAGACAUUUUACAGGGUUAAUAAAAUGAACUUUUCACAAAGAUGCUUUUGCAAAUGUAGCUGUAAGUGAUAUUUGAAAAUAACCUGCUCAAAACCAGCCAACAUCCUUACAACUAUUUUUGCUGCCAUAUCCAUUAGAAUUACUAAAAAACAUAGCUUCAUCUCGAUCUGUCUGUGGAGAUCUCCCCUGAGACCAGAAUUUCCAACCCCCUGCCCCUUUACAAAAUAUUGUAUUUUUAUCUAGAAUGAUCCUUAAUUAUUAGUCUCUGCAUAUUUUUAAAAGUGCCGGAGACAUUAUAUAUAUAUAUGCCAAUACAAAAGUACUACGAGGCCUAUGUAUUCAACUGUGUUUACUAUUGCAGUAGCCUGCACAAAUUUUAUGCAUUUUUAGGCGUUUACCCCUUCUUUUGAAGUAAGGUAUCUUGUUAGCUAACACUUCCUGAAUGGUUUCUUGUCUCUUUCCUUCCUUCCCUCUGUUUCUCCCUCUCUUUUUCUUUGAGAAACCACCUUAUCUAUUUUUAGACGUUUCAAAUUCCUAAAAUGUGAACCAUUGGGUGGUCUGCAAUUUGGCCCGCAAACAACUCUGACUGGCCCGUUUUUAUCUGUACCAUAUGACUUUAUUUCCUAAGAACUUCAUGUCUUUGGACUAUAAUAAACAACACAGAAUCUAAGUAAUUCUGAACAAUCGUUUCAAAUACACUUAUCUGCACUCUUGGUUCUUACUCUUACUUCUUUCCAGAUUUGGCUCUUGUGAAAAGCUGUAGUAGGCUCUUGCUUUCCCAGCAAACGAGAUGGGCCAAGUCUCAGCAUUUGGAAUGGUUAGAAACUUUUUCCCAGGAAUCGUUUAAUGGGGAAGAGGUCAGUUAGUCUGUUACAGUUGGUGAAUCACUCAAGUCAUCUACUAGAACCAAAUGAGGGUGGCUACCUGGAGAUCUUUGUGGGGUCUGCUUCUCUCCUUCAAUUGUACGUAUCUAUGAUCUUUGUUCUGACUUCCUCUUCAAUUUGUUGAUCCCAUCUAAAAACUUCUUUUAAUCAAAAUAACUCAAUUUUAGCUUAUUCUUCAAGAGAAAGAAAAGGAUCCUGAAGAGAAAAAAACAGGGUAACCUAUGUAUAUCACAAAGCAAAAUAGGAUACUCUUUCAGUUUCUAUUCUAAAUUGUACCAUCUUUCUGAAACCAUUCUGAAUUUAGUUGAAAUUAUCAGUAUUUAUACUUUGAACCUUAAUUUCUGGAUUCCAGCCUGUAUAUAAAUCUUUUGGUGUGUGUUGGGGGGAUAACUUUGACAAUUCGACUUUUAAGCUUGCACAUUCUGAGGUAAAUAAUACAUUCUCUAAUCCAAAAUAGCUUCCCAGAAGUUUCGAACUUAAUGCUAAUUAUUCUUUUAUUAUUACCACUUCUCAUGCAUAUAUAACUAUCCAUUAUUAUUUGUGGCCGGAAAAAAAAGUUCUCAUAUUUUGUGUUUGCCAUUGUUUUUCUCGUAUGUAUGCUUAACUGUUGGUGUUUCAUAAUUUGGGGCUUAUAAAAUUAAAAGUUCUACAUUUGGCCAUUUGGACUCUACAUGAGGAAUUGCACAUGAAAUGUAUUUGUACUUUUUGAUUUACAAAAGAAGGGAAAACAUGUUGGUAAUAGAGCUGUAAUUGCCUUGCUUUGAAGAAAGUUUCAAAAUUACCGAAAACCAAGUACCUUCAUUAUAUCCUUUUCAACCUUGUGUUUCUGCAAGCUGCAGAAAACUGCCUGCCCAAGGCACACAGCUCCUGCGCGCAUUUGCAGAAUGCUUUUCCGUGUCGCUUGUCACAUGGAAUUCUUUAAAAGUCCCUGAAAAUGUAUCUGCUGAGAUCCUGGUUUCCUUACUAGAAUUGUAGGUGAAGGUUUCGAUCCAUGUGCAAUUUCUAAGUCGAACUUUUUCUCUUCUGUUUGACUGUUGGUUGAAGUGUUGUGGUUAAUGCAAGUUCAAAUGUGUGAACUCAGAUGACUCUGGAACUAGCCCCUGACCGCGUUUUGCAGCAGCAGGAUGACGGACUCUGGUAGUGGCUUGGCUUCGGGCUUCUGAGGAGGAAGGGCGCAGCCGCCCCACUGUUGACACGACUCCUUCCCAGCUCGGAGCAGAAAGGACUGAUGGAAAAUAUGAUGAAGCCACCAUUUCAUCUGUGACUGCCCCCCCACACACACCCCGUGCCAAAGACUGUGUUUGUGUGUCUUGGCUGUUUUGCUCUGUUUUAUUUUGUUUAAAAUGAUGAAGUAGGACACAAUUAAGUGUCAGGUUAGCAGCUCUUGGAAAGUGACCAGUACAGCCGGGUUCCCGCUCCCUAAAGAGCCAGGCUCAGAGAAACCCUCCCAGUUUCCUGAGCUCUCGUGAGCAGUUACUGCUGUGUCCGAGCCUUGUUCUGCCAGAUCUGUCUGUGCUCUCGGGGUGGGAUGAGUCUCCGGCUGCAGCGCUCCCAGGCCUGGGGGAUUUGCGCAUUUGCUUUUUCUUUUGUUUGUAACUGCAGAUUCUGUACAUCUGUUUGUGGGAGGAGAGUUGCUACUCAGGACAGGAUUUGAGAGACAGAUUCCAAGUGACCUUUAAGAGUCUGCAUGGUGGGAGGUCCUUUUCCAGGAGAGUGGGUUGGUCCACCCUGGGACCCACCAAGCGAAGAAGGAGGGGGAUGGUAAAAUAAGGUUAAAGAGAGAAUAGGUCCCCAGCCUUCACACUUUAUUU